UUUGAGACACAAAUUUAGGCUUCAGGGCAUGUCACGGCCGAACACCUCUCUUCCCCAAUCCCCACACCAUUGCCAUGCCCGCGCAAGUUGACGCUCAUGGCGAAGGACCAGACCCUCCACCGCAGCCGAAACCGCCUCCAUUGUCGCGAGUACCUUCAUACAUUCAGUUUGCCCCGCGGCAUGCGAUCGAAUCAUUCGAAAACCUCGUUGCUUUAGCAAAUCACCAGGAACGACUCCGAGAUGCUCGUAAGAUCAUAUGGCGGGAUAGAGGCGAACCCGUCGUCGAGUUGGAGGACCUUUGGGAGUGUUUAGAGCAUGCUGGCAGGGGUGGAAUGCGAGCUGGCACUAUUGCAUUUAUGUUGCGUGCAGGCCUCAACAUAAUACUAGCCACCCUUCGACUCGGACAAGUUCCCAAGAAGAUGCGGUACGCUCUUAUUCGCCACGCCAUCUUUGGCAAAGAUUCAUUUAGGUUUGCUGCGAUGUUGGGUUCUUUCGUGGCACUUUAUAAAUUCACCCUAAAUGCUUUCCCCAUCCUUCUACCCCAGCCAGCUGAACCGCCACCUUCUCCGUUCGAAGAGUCCGAGGAUGAAAGCGAACCCACCACCCCUGACCAAGUCAUGACUUCACAAAAGCGGGUAAGAUUCUCAUUGUCUGCCCAUGCGCAGGAGGUUUGGGUCCGCAAGCGAACGUAUCGUUGGCAUGCAGCGUUGGCUGGUGCUGUUGCCGGAAGUCUUGCUGUUAUGUUCGAAAAACGCUCCCGACGGAUAGCGAUUGCUCAACAGUUGUUUGUAAGAGGGCUGCAAGGCUCGUACAAUGCAUUUACAUCUAAAAAUGGGUUCCACAUACCUCAUGGAGAAGCACUGCUGUUUUGUAUCUGUUCCACCCAGAUCGUACACGCGCUGUUCUGCCGACCCGAUACCCUUGCAAGGUCUUACGAGAUUUGGCUUAGUAACGCCUCCGGAGCUUCACGCCAAGCAAUCAAGAUGGUUCGAGAUAUGAAUUUAACUGGCUCUUUCGACGUUCAAGAUAUUGAUAAGAUCCUCCAACGCAGUGACGUAAUACCUGCCAACCGCACUGCCCUCCUCGCGGUCCAGGCACUGGCUAGUGGCGAUCCUCCUGAUUUUGGCUUAUACCCACCAUGUAAUGCUAUCCACCCAUGGGUAGAAUCUUGUCGAAGAGUCCCCAUACCACGAUUGAUGGCGGUAUUCAAAUGGGCAUUCCCAAUAUAUGGCGCGCUGCACUUCCUACCGAUGAUAUUAUUUAAGCGGAAGGCCUUUCUCUCGAAACCCAUCCACAUGCUGGGGAAAGCGGGAUUGGGUACGAUACGGAGCUCGGCGUUUUUAGCAGCGUUUGUGGCUUCCUUCCAGUCAUGGGUUUGCUUGAAGCAUUACAUCUACGAAGUUCUUUCUUCUCAGAAAACUCUUAGGCUACCAAAGAGCAUGAUCAAUUUCUUCGUGUCUAAAUAUUCCUACGCGUUAGGGGGAUUCCUUGGUGCGUUAUCGCUUUUUAUAGAAGAACGUAGGAGGCGGGGCGAGUUGGCGAUGUAUGUACUGCCCAAAGCGAUGGAGAGCGCAUGGCUUACUGCCCGAGGGAAAGGUUGGGUGUUUAGAACCGGGUCGGCUGGAGAGGCAUUGCUGACUGCGGUAGCGAUGGGUAUGGUUAUGUCCAUAUACCAGAAUGAUCCACAACAUCUCUCUGGUCUCGUGAGGCGCAUCCUAUACCAGUUCAUCGGGCCAAAUUAAGGAAUGAUCUGGGUAAUGUGAAGUCGGGGGAAAUUUUCAUCUACAUAUCCUAUCUGUUGUUUUAUUUACGUCUUUACCUAUAAAUUAUGUAUCAGUGCUUUUCAUGGUCCUGCUUUGUAGAUGUUGCUGUGCCGUGCUGGAUGGUUUUGAAUCCUUCAUCAGUGCGCAUCUUUCCAUUAUCCUGUUUUCAAGGUGACUUUAAAUUUUUGGGGACAAG